UUUGUCUUUACAUUUUGUGUGUGGUGUAAAGCUACAUGGGCUGAGUCUGCAUUUCCUGAUAAAUGCAGCCAUAGUUGUGUUUGGCCCUCUUUUGUUUAUCUAAGUUGUUCUCUUUUUCUCUGACACGAAAUGACAAACAAUUCUUCUUCUCCUUCUUCUUCCUCUUCUUCUUCUUCUUCCUCUUCUUAUUCUUCUUCUGAGAAAUGAAACUCCAAGGCCCAAGAGCUUUCACAGAGAUGAGUGUUAACAAGUAUCCACAUUGGUCAUUUAGAUGUUGUCCGGUGUGUUCCAGUUCGCAAUCAUCAGUAUUAGCAAAUGCCUAAGUUCCAUGAAGACAUAAAUUUUAGAAGAAGAACACCCAUAAGAAGAGAAAGGAAAAGAAAACCUGCUGGCGAUGAAUGGGUUUGUCCCGGAAAGAUCGACACCCUGGAAUGUGUAUGCUGGCCCUCACUCUAGCACUUUGCCGCCAGGGGAACUUGACACUGAAGCUCCAUGGAAGAGCCUUGGAGCGUCCAUCAAUGCAAUCUCUUUUGGCUUUGUGGCCACGGCCAUUCUGGUUGCGAUGUUUCUCAUCAUGGCCAUCUUCGAGCAUCUUUUCAGACCAACAACUCCCUCUCCCUCUUCAUCAUCUGAAGAACAUCAUGUGGCUGAGGUUUCACUGGAAGCAGGACAAUCUCAGAAGCUUGUGAGCCAAGACCAGCACAUGGUGACUACAUCCAAUGCAUCAGACUACACAGUAUUGAUGCCUGGAGAGUUUCAACCCACCCACAUUGCCCAACCUGCUCCUUUACCCUGUCCAAGAGAAAGCAUUUGUUGGCCGUCCCAUGAAAAUAAUUUUGGUUGCCCUUAAUUAGUACUAUCAUCCUCUCUUGUAUCUAUCUUCUGGGAACUCUUUCUUUAACCCCUUUCUCAACAAAUCAUUUGCAAAUAUAUCGUCCUAUGAUUGAGCAUGGCAUCCUGUGGGCUAUAUUAAUGAGUGGGACGGGCAUUUGUUUGGCGUGAUUUAGAAGGAAAUCCACAGCUUUUUACUUGCAAA